AUGGGCUCUAGUCAGAAGAAGAAGAAGGAAAAGCAGAAGGAUUUCCAGAAAGCAAAGCUCAAGGUCGGAAAGGCCAAACCAAAGCCAGACAACUUUACAGACACCAGCUUCCGAUCAAAAGCCAUUGUCCUGAGCCAGCAGUCGCUUAAUACCGCUGCUCCUUCAACAAAUACCCAGUUCUCCCAUCACUUAUCACUCCUGUCUUCCAAGUCAGACGUCCAACGCAAAGAAUCUCUGGCCCAUCUGACCACCUCCAUCGCUUCUCGGCCUGUGAAUUCUCCCUUGCCCCAGCCUGUAAGCGCGAUCCUGCCGAGCUUGCUCCCCCUGAUCUUGGAUGCGAGCAAUGGCGUUCGGACGCAGUUGCUGAAGCUUCUGAGGACGCUGCCACCCUCUGAUAUAGAGGACCACGUCUCGCAAUUACUACCCUACAUUCGAGCAGGUAUGACGCACCUCGCUGCAGAUAUCCGUGUUUCUGCUGUGGAAACGCUCUCGUGGCUGGUAGACGUCGCCGGCGCCGAGGUGGUGUCAUGCGCCGGAGGAUGGAUCAAGACAAUCAACUGUUUCUUAUCCAUUCUGGGGUGGCACACGGAAGAGUCUUCCAAGUGGUCGUCGGUUGGCCGGUCCACCUUUGGGAAGUCUGGUACUCAGGGAAAGCCCAUGAUCAAAGUCCUACAGACACUUGGAGAAUUUCUUGAAGCUGGGAUCGGAAGUCCCCAGGAUAUCUCGAUGGAGACCGACAGUACGCAAGAAGAGACCGCCGACAUUUUUUCAGCUUGGCAAUUCCCAAUCUGUCACUCGGCGCACCAUAUGAUACCCACUGCUUCCGCUCCCUACGCGUACUUGAAUCUGUUCGGACAGCCUCGAGAUGAGGACGGCGAGAUGUACGAGACCAGAGAAGAUCGCUACCGCGUGUUCUCCAACCGGUUCAUGAAAGCCGUGCAGCUUGGAUUAGAAAACGCGCGCAAAGAAGGCGGCGAGCUCGGACGGGCUUCUGCCGGUGCAACGAAGGUGUUGAAAGAAGCCAGCGCUUAUGGAGUCGGACCUUGA